AUGUGGAUAUUUCUUGUGUUGAUGACGAUUGCUAAUCUCGGAGGUACGAAGCGUGUAACGAAAGAACCUCGACAAAUUUCGGUUGUGUCAACUGGUGAAGAAAGUGGAAGUGAACUGGAUCCAAAGUUGUGCAUGCUUCGUACACGUAAACGUGUUAUGACAUCCGUUGCAUCAAUAGGAGCAACUGUUGCGAGAGAAAAUACUCGAUCAACUUCAUUUCAGCCUGCCCAAGAAGAAAGUGUCUCUAGAACAACUUUUAAAACAACUGAACGCCCUCUUUCUCAAAAUAUGGAAUCUUUUCCAAACUCAGGUGAUACAGCAACAAGACAAAGUGGUUCCACCGAAGAUACUCAAAGAUUUUCAAUACCGUUAGUUGGUGAAGGAAAUGUCUCUAACACGACUGAUAACAUGGAAUCCCAAACUGAGCACUCUCAUGCUCCAAAUCAACGAUGGAGGCGAUGCCCUAAUAUUAAUAAAAAGGCUUCGCAUAUUUUGGACAAGAUUGUGGAGAAUCAACCAGAUGCACGGAUUACAUUGAGAAAAGAUACAUAUACUAAGAAAUUCGUUGGGGAUUCAGCAGUAUAUUUUGCAACGGAGGUUGGAAUUGUGAUGCGAAAGUUUUUGUCCAAUGGAAUUCCAUACAUGGGAAAAGUACCGAAAGAAAAUAAAGAAGAAAUGAUUGAUAGAUUACGUGCAAUGGAAACGCACACGAAAUACUUUGAAAGAUUUUGGAAGAAAAAUGGAAGAAUGACCGAUCCACAAUUAGCACGAUCUAAAAUGAAUCCAGAUUGUCGUAGCAAAGAAGAUUGGUCUCAUUUGUGUGAUUAUUGGGAGACAGAUAAAGCACAGAAGUAUGCAGAUCAAAUGAAAAAUAAUCGAGAAAAACUUGUGAUUUCAAGUAGAGGAGGUUCUCGAUCAAUAGCAAAUCACAAAUUUAGCAUGAAAAACAAAGAGACUCAAUUGCCUCCCACCCCAAUCGAAUUAUAUCAUAAGUUGCAUUUUCAUCCUACAAAGGAAUGGCUAAAUGAUGAGACACGCAUUCAAUAUGAAAAUAUUCUCCAAAUGAAAGAGGAUGAAUGUACCAAAUUAGUUUAUGCGGGAAUAAGCAUUACUCCAGAAAUGGAAUAUGAAAUAGAGAAAAAAGCCGUUAAAACCGUUUGUGCAAGACAUAAAACAUUACUAUGGAUGGGAGGCUUCAAGUGGACCUAUUAUGAGGAAAAAAGAUCUACAUAUCUUAUCAGCAGCGGAACCAUCUCAAUCAGCCUCAACGGAUGA